CUCAAAUAGUCAAUCUACAAUGGAUUAUAAAUGUAGAUGUGUCAUCUUUUUUUCGGUAUCUUUUACCGCUGUACAUUCGUCAGCUGAAGGAUUCCAGAAUGACAUUAAAAACAACUCCUCCAUUGACUACAAAGGCUAUGCAGCGUAUUCGGAUUGUGAAAGUGGAUAUUUUGGAGUAAACUGCUCAAAAGUUUGCAGAUACCCUAAUUAUGGAAUCCAAUGCCAAUUAAAAUGCAAUUGUUCGAACAUGACAUGUCACCACAUUACAGGAUGUUAUCAAUCUACCUCAGAAAUAGAUCUGAAUAUUACGACCUCGCACAUGGAUUCGGAUUUUCCACCAGAAUAUUCUUUUUUGAAGCAUCUUCACGCUCUCAUCAUUAUUGGGGCAAUCAUAGUUCUUGUUCUAUUGUUGCUAUUUCCGCUUGUUGCCGUUGCCAUAGUCCAGAAAAGCAGAAGACCUGAGCGGAAGACGGAACAAGAGUUAAACUUUGAUUCGUUUGGUUCCUUUCGGUCGAUGAAGAGCUACGACAUGGGGGAUACUACUUCCGAGAGGUAUUGCGACAACAUGGAAUUAAACGGGAAGUCGGUGGAAAAUUAUGACCUUGAAAUAUACGAAAACACGUGCAUACAGGGAAAUAUGCGUACAUAUAAGCUUUAGACCAAUAUGAACCAAAUUAACUGAAAAUAUUUUCAAGAAGAAAGUGUUUUGCGUUGCCUUUAUGAUGUAAAACGCGUGACUGUCUCUUUUUAAAGGACUGAAAAGGGUUGAAAAUGACAGAAACUGUUUGCUCUAAAGUAUAAUUUCCCUUUAAA